AUGGGGAAACCGAGGCGAGAAAUUAUGUUCGACACGAUUGACAUAAGCAACAUUGCAUGCCGGGACAGGGUUGGAGACUGCGCCACUGAUAUCGCAGACACCAUGAAAUUGUUAGCCGAUAUGCAGAGGCGGAGGCCGGGAUUUCACCAUGUGGAAGAGACAGAGAACAAUGUAGUGUGCAGCCUAUUUUGGACAGACUCCUUGUGUAAGAUGAAUUAUGAUCUAUAUGCAGAUUUCGUGUCUUUUGACACGACAUUCUCUACGAAUAUAUAUGCCUUGCCAUUUGCACCAAUUAUAGGUGUCGACAACCAUGGGUCGACCGUCCUGUUUGGAGUAGGUCUUUUGAAGGAUGAGAAAAUAGGGUCAUUCAAGUGGCUCCUAAGCACGUUUGUCAAGGCAAUGGGAGAUCAAGACGAGUUUGAGCGUGCGUGGAAAGCAGCAAUUUCUGUGCACAAGGCGGAAGGCAACAAACACCUGAACACGCUAUGGGAACUCCGAAAUUUCUGGGUGCCGGCCUACUUCAAGGACUGCUUCUAUCCUUUCUCGUCAACAACCACUCACAGUGAGAGCACGAAUUCGAUGCGGAAGAAUUACGUCGACCACAGGGACACAAUAAAAAGUUUUGCUGAUGGGUACCACAUGAUUCAGCAAAAUUGCCUCGCCACGCUUGCCAAGAAAAGACACCGAAGAGAAGAGAAGGCGCCAUCACUAGAGACGGGUUUUCUGAUUGAAAGACAAGCAAGUCAAGUGUACACGAAUGAAAUUUUCAGGAAAUUCCAGCUGGAGCUACGGAACCGGACUUACUUCAAGUGCUCUGAUCUGGCAAAGGGGAGGCUAUAUUUUUUUUUAAAGAUUACUGAGCCUGGAGAAAAUGUGUGGAAACCAUAUCCGGGCGAGGAAUUUGACAGGUCUGACUUCAAGGUAGAUGUGGAUGAGCAAAAAGAAAUAUACAGUUGUUGCUGCAAGAAAAUGAGUAGGGAUGGCAUUCAGUGCUGCCAUGUGCUUAAGGUGAUGGACCAAACAGGCAUGAUCGAUCAACUUCCAAAAUCCUUUGUCAUCCCCAGAUGGACCAGGAAUCUAUCAGAGAGUCUGAAAGUUCUAUCUACAAGUCAAGGUGAUAGCAUGACUGUACAAGACGAUGAAACUAUGAGAUUCGGCCUCGCUUACACUGAGUUGUCGGAUAUCUGCUCAAAUGCUUGCAGAAAAGAGAAGGCAUACCGUGUGCUGCGUGAGUGUAUGGUAGAUAUGAAAAUAAAAGUCAUGGCGGCACUUGCAGAGGAACCAGACACAGGCAUUCUUGCCGAAACUCUCAAGAACCCUCCCAUGAGUGGCUCAAAGGGCACAAAAAAGGGAGAUCGGAUGAAAGCUAGUUCUGAGAAGAAAGGAAAAGGCAACAAAGAAGCAACCAAGUGCGGCCGUUGUAGAGUAAAGGGUCACAGGAAAACAAACUGCCCGGAUAACCCAGAAGUCCAGGAGAGGAUGAGGAUUGAAGAGGAGAAGAGGAAAUCACAGCAGGAGAAGAGGGUAAAUAGGUUGAAUAGCUACUGGGGUUGCACAAGGGUCGAGAAGGAAGAAUGGAUCGCUGAACAUUCAAAAACAAGGCCGCACGUGGAGCGAUGA